AUGGAAGAACAGGUGUUUAAGGGGGACCCGGACACCCCUCAUUCCAUCUCCUUCUCGGGCAGCGGGUUCCUCUCCUUCUACCAGGCCGGGGCGGUGGACGCCCUUCGGGACCUGGCCCCCCGGAUGCUGGAAACAACCCAUCGCUUUGCUGGGACGUCAGCAGGUGCGGUGGUGGCAGCCUUGGUGAUCUGUGGGAUCGAAAUGGAUGAAUACCUUCGAGUCCUCAAUGUGGGUGUGGCCGAGGUGAAGAAGUCCUUCUUGGGGCCCUUAUCGCCAUCCUGUAAGAUGGUGCAGAUGAUGAGGCAGUUUCUGUACCGUGUCCUGCCUGAGGACUCCUACAAGGUCACCACUGGGAAGCUCCACGUGGCCCUCACCCGGUUCACGGAUGGAGAGAGUGUGGUGGUUUCGGAGUAUACGUCCAAGGAAGAGCUCAUUGAGGCCCUGUAUUGCAGCUGCUUCGUCCCGGUGUACUGCGGCCUUAUUCCUCCAACUUACCGUGGCGUGCGGUACAUCGACGGGGGCUUCACCGGCAUGCAGCCCUGCUCCUUCUGGACCGACUCCAUCACCAUCUCCACCUUCAGUGGGCAGCAGGACAUCUGCCCGCGGGACUGCCCUGCCAUCUUCCAUGAUUUCCGCCUGUUCAACUGCUCCUUCCAGUUCUCCCUGGAGAACAUUGCCAGGAUGACCCAUGCCCUGUUCCCCCCAGACCUGAUGAUCCUCCACGAUUAUUACUACCGAGGGUAUGAAGAUGCUGUUUUGUACUUGAGGAGGCUGAAUGCUGCUUAUCUUAAUUCUCCUUCCAAGAGAGUGAUUUUCCCCCGGGUAGAAGUGUACUGCCAGAUAGAACUCGCCCUUGGCAACGAGUGUCCUGAACGCUGUCAACCGAGCCUCCAAAGAGAGUCGGCCAGGCCAGAAGAAUCCAGACAACUUCAUACACAGUGGGCUCCCAAAGGGGAUGGAAAGGGUAGCUGCAGUCCACCUCUGUCCCCACCCCUGCAGGCACCCGAAUCCACAGGUGACUGGCCUGUGGAGUCACCUGUUUCAUCACCUGCAUCGCCAGCAGCCUCAUCACCAUCACGUUCUCCAGCUGACUUGCCACCUGUGUCACUCCCAGCUGUGCACUUACUCCCCAGCUCAACAGCUGGGUUGUCACCUGUAUCACCAUCGCAGCAGAUACAACCAACUGGAUCUCCACCCCAGUUCCCACCGCCCCAGGCAUCUGCGUCACCCAGGCCAUCCCUGGGGCCUUCCACUGUGAGGGCACCUCCAACGCUGCCCCGAUCUUCUUCGGCAUCACCUGCACAGCCACCUGCGGAGGAACUGGGCCCAGAACAGCCCCAAGCAGUCUCUCCCUUUGCCUCUUCAAAUUCGAAAAGCACUGUGCCUCUGGCUAAUGUGAAGGAAACCACCAGCAAACCUCACGCAGUGGAGAGCCCUGCUGAAGAGUCCAACUGCGUGAGCAAGGUGUUCAAGAAGAACAAACAAAAGGCAAGCGGCCCCAGAAAAGGCUCCCUAAGACAUCCACGGACCAAGACAACAGGCCGCAAAGUGCAGUCUGCCCCCUGCCCACUUGACUUCUCUCUGAUCUCCACCUCCGAGACAGUUUGGGUCGCCUGCAGGCCUCAUCCGGAUCCAGGAAUACAGCUGCCCUGAGGAAACUGUGAGCCGAGAGAGGAAACUUGAGCUGAAACAGGAGAGAACCUGACGGCCCCGCAAGGCUGAACCUUCUCCUCACUGUUCUCAGACACCCUCCUCUCACCCCAGGCCUUGCAAGGACCAGGGUCCCACCCACUACCAGGCCUGUUGGGGCAGAGAGUCCUGCUUUCUCCAGGCAAGAUCCUCCUUGUCUAAACACCCACCCAGCUUCCCUGGGGUCCUUCCGCUACUCUGCUCUGGACAGACAGAUGGACGUCAGUACAGACAGACACUAAGAGUGGGCAGCACAGCCUCCUCCCAGGCAGCUGGGCUCUGAGUCCUCCUCCCAACCCAGCCUGAGUUUGCUUCUUCGAGAUCCUCGUCCUCCCCCAGGAGUUCAUCCACAGGGCAAAACUGUUGGGGGUCAGGCAGAGCUGAGCCGUGGACACCCUUUCCUGUUUCCUGCGGUGUCAAGAGACCACAUCUUCCUCUGCUGUUUGUUUUUUGUUCACACAACACACAAAAGGCUUGACCUGGAACCAGCGGACUCCAUCUCGGCCACUCAUGGGAAUCCCCUGGAGGCGCUGACCUGGCAAGAAGCCUUUACCAGCUUUUACCCCGGGGAUUAUUGGUGCAACUGGGGGGAGCGGGCGGCCCUGGCCUUCCCCAAGUUGUGCUGUGCUGACAGAGGAAAUGGGAGGUCAUGUGUGCCCUCCCCUCCCCUUUCCCCGCCCAGAUGAGGGCAGACUCUCUCUGCUGUUCACACCUCAGUGAAAACAGUCCGCAAGAAAGAGGCCUUUAACUUUGAUUUUUGCAGCCUGUCCAGGAAAAAAAAAAUUAACUCACUGCUUGUGGAUAAGUUCUGGCUCCAACUAGACCCAGUAAGGAAAAACAGGCUGUCCACAGGGCUCAGAUGCAUGUGCUUAACAAAUCCUAAAAUGCAAAUCCUAGAAGACUAGGUGGAAGACAGCCCUGCACUGUGGCCCGUGAGAAGGACACAUGCAAAUUUAAGCCCAGGUGGGUGGGAGGCUUUGGCAUGGAGGCGGGUGGAACCUACAUUGAACAGGACCAUGUGAGCAAACAAGAGUCCACACACAUCCUCUUCAGACGCAUCUCCCUAGAGGAACCUAAGUGUCCCUUUGAGAGGCCUGAGAGGAACCAAAGCUCAGGUGUUCCAGCAUCCGCUGCCUUCUCCAGGUCUGCAGCCCAGACCAGUCAAGGGAGGAGCCUGGGGAGUCAGGUGGAGCUUCCCUGCUGCCUUCCGUCCUUUGCCUGAGAAGGUCUUGCUGUUUGCAAGUGACUGUGUGCCCAGAGGCCCUGAGACAUGUGAGCCAGGGGAGGGAGGGUUUCAAUCUUGCACAACUCAGGAAUGCUUAUUCCCUGGUGUGAAAAGGAGAACUGAAUAUAAUAUUAACUAUUGCUAUAACUCAAAGCCUGUAUUUGAGCCCAGAUGCUCUGAGGGAGUUAGAGAAUUGUUC